AUGCUGCCGAGGGUCCGAUCCUGUUCGAUGGCGGUGGUGAUGUUGGUGGUCCUGGCGACCCGGUCAGCGACUGGAGCCUCGAUCGCAUCUAACCUGGUCGAGGAGGAACGGCCAAGGAUCGCAUCCAGCGAGGAGCUUCUGUCGUCGAUCGUCAACGAGUGCUUCAGCGAGUCGUCGGUUAUGGGUUGCCUUAAGGGCAAGGUGUUGCUCUAUCUGGAUGGUGUGUUGGGUCUGCGUGAGGAGGAAGCACGUGCUUUCGAGGAUCGCAACGUUGAUGAGACCAUCUUCGAUCGUGUUGGACGCAUCCUGGCCACUCACGAACUGCGCCUACGCCUUCCUGAGGACACCGUUGUUAGCUAUCGUGCUGAUAAAGGACUCGACAUCGACGUACUUCCGGCUGGCCUAGCCACUGAAGCCGCCCGUGGUCACUUACUGAAGAAGAAACUCCUGCUUCCAGUGUUGCUGCUGCUGAAGCUAAAGAUGAAGGCGCUGAUGCCAAUCUUCCUUGGGCUGAUCGGGCUGAAGGCGAUGAAGGCGCUCAUCCUGUCGAAGCUUGCGAUCACGCUCGUGUUGGGCUUCCUGGUGGCACAGCUCGCUAAAAAGGCCGGCCUCGGUAUGCCGAUGGCGAUGAUGCCAAUGAUGCCACCGUCUCCAGCCGCCGAGUAUGGAGCUCCUGUACCACCUGCUAGCUCUACGCCUGCCUCUAGCUAUGAACCAUCCUCGUGGGAAGCAUCGUCUGGACCGUACUCCCGUGUUUGGGAACCAUCCAGUGCUAGUUCGUCGCACAGCCUCGCAUACAGCUCGUACUAUCCGAGCUCGGGCAGCUCCUACACAAGCUAUAAUGCCGGAUCUGGCUCGUCCUCAGGAUCGUCCUCGUCGUCCUCGUCGACUUCAGCAUCUUCGCCGGCGUCUUCGUCCUCCGGUUCGUCCUCAUCCAAUGCGGCCCAUGCGUACUAG